UUUGUUUCAAAAUGGCGGCAUACAUUUAACAGAUAGAAUGAGAGCUUCACGGCAUUCACUUGCGUGCGAGUUGGCUACUGUACGACAAUGGUCGGUCUUAUUUUACAGAUUUUCUUAAUUUCCGUCGGUUGUUUCAUAACCGAUGCGGAUAUUGUAACGCAAACGAAGUUCAGAAAUGCGAAGUACUAUCACACGCCAGCAAAGCUGUUGAAAAGUCAAAUAGCGACAUUAUCAGACCUAUCAAAUGCCACUCACAUAGAUGAAAUUCUAGAUAACAUAUGCGUCGUGAGAAUCGUUGGCACACCGGAACAUACGACAGUAAAAAACUACAUUAAGAAGUCGAUGACAGAUCUUGGCUGGGCAGUGGAAUCUGACACCUUUGAAGAUGACACUCCCAACUUUGGUACUUUAAAAUUUGAAAACAUAAUUGCAAAAUUAAAUCCCAAUGCCAAGAGGUAUUUGGCAUUAGCGUGUCAUUAUGACUCAAAGUAUACUAGGAAAAGGGAUUUCAUUGGAGCCACAGACAGUGCGGUACCAUGUGCUCAAAUGAUCAACUUGGCUAAAGUGAUGAAGAAUCAUCUAGACUCAAUAAAAAAUAAUGAUGUUAGCUUAAUGUUUAUAUUCUUUGAUGGUGAAGAAGCUUUUAAGGAAUGGGGUCCCAAGGAUUCUAUCUAUGGUGCAAGGCAUUUAGCUCAAAUUUGGCACAGCAACUAUAGUACUUACCAACUAGGAGAAAAUAUUUCUGAAUUAGAUAAAAUUGAUCUAUUAGUUCUAUUAGAUCUAAUAGGUGCACCGGAUCCAACAUUUUACAAUUACUUUAGUAACACAGAGAAAUGGUAUUCUUUACUAAUGUCUGUGGAAAGUAAAUUGGCUUCCUUAAGGAAAUUUGAGUCUUAUUCGUAUGGGCAACCCGCACAAACAUACUUUCAACCAUAUUCAAUGGAAGCCCAUAUCGAGGAUGAUCACAUUCCAUUUUUACAACGUGAUGUUCCUGUUUUGCAUUUAAUACCGUACCCUUUCCCAAAGGUUUGGCAUAAACCCAGUGAUAAUCGUGAUAAUAUUGACAUAACAACGGUGGAAAAUAUUAAUAAGAUUUUAAGAACUUUUGUAGCUUCGUACCUGCAUAUUAAUUUGUAACAGCCAAUUAAAAAGUUCUAUUUUAUUAUAAUGAGAUUUCAUCUUUUGUCAUGACAGUAUUAAUUGCUGAUAUUAGAAGAUGUAAAUUAUACAAUGAGACAUUAAUUAUACAAGUACUACCAUGACUCCUGUAUGAUGCAUUGUUAAAAAACAGGGUAAAUGUACUUAUUAAGUUAUUAUGUAUUAACUUAUAUGUAUGUUAAAAAUGGGGAUUAAUAUAUUAUGAAAUAAAACAUA